GUAUGCAGAGUGACACUGUUGAAUGUGGAGGUAGGCACCAGUCCGAUGGGGUGGGAUGUUGACUGGGAGGCGCCUGCCCUCUCAUUAACCCCCCGUUUCCUGCACACCUCUUUUGUUUACACCUACAUGCCGGUCAAGUCCAGGCAGAAGAGCAGCCGAACUGCAGACCUCACGCUGUUCUCGUCGGAACACAAUGUUUUUUUCCGCGCUCGGCUUCAUGUUGCUGUUUGGAGUUUGCCAGGCCUUUGACACAGCGGCUCCUGCCCAGCUCGGGCCGCCGCCGCCCGGGUUCAGUUCCUCGGUCCGCUCGGUGUGUAAACCCAUCCCGAGCACCCUGUCUCUGUGCCACGGGAUCGGCUACAGGCACAUGCGGAUCCCCAACUUACUCGGCCACGACACGCUGAGGGAGGCCCAGCAGCAGUCGGCGGCCUGGCUGCCCCUCAUCUCCAAGCUGUGCCACCGGGACACCAAGAAGUUCCUGUGCUCGCUCUUCGCUCCGGUGUGUCUGCCGGAGCUCAGCGGGCCGGUCAGCCCCUGCAGGGGCCUGUGCGAGGUGGUACGGGACGGCUGCGUGCCCGUGAUGAGCGCGUUCGGGUUCCCCUGGCCGGAGAUGUUCAACUGCACCCGGUUCCCGCGUAGGACCCAGCUCUGUAUCCCGGAAACCGGAGAGCAGGAGGGGCAGACGCCGGAGGAGGCCGGGCACGAGGAGGCGCUGAAAGGGAGUGUCAUCUGUGAUGCCUGCAGUCUGGCUGCUGAAGGAGAAACUGACAUCCAGGAGAACUUCUGCCACAGUCCUUAUGCGUUUAAGAUGCGUCUGGGCAGUGUGUCGAUGGUGGGAGGGGACCGUCAGCUCGUGCCUACGGCCCGCAGCCGCAUCCUGAGGUGGGCAGGGGGAGGGGCGGAGAGGGCAGAGGGGAUUGGAGGCGCAAUGGCCCACAGCGCUUUGUGGCUGCAAGAAGGAAGCACCUGCACGUGUCUUGGCUUAGACCCUGCAGAGACAAACCAAGACAGGGGGACAGAGGAACAGAUGGAUAUAAGACGAGCAAAAGAAGGAGGAAAGGGGGGGAAAGGUGUCCAGAGUGGAUGGUAUCUUGCCCUGGCUCAGGCUGAAGAGGGAAGGCUGGUGCUGACUCGACUGGUGAGGUGGACCAGAGGGGACAAAGAGCUAAAGAAGUUCAUCAGAGCUCUCCUGAAACAGUCUUGUCCAGAGCUGUAGACAAGGGAGUUAUCAACCAUCGCAGUCCUGCCCCACGGACGCUGCUUGGUGGUGGUACGCAGUGUGUAACUGUGUGCUGCUAAUUGUUACAUCAUUGAAUAAUGAACAGUUAACAAAUAGUUCCCAAUUUACACUGAAUAAUUCACUUGAGUAAUGAUUGUUUGAUACAAUGUAAAUUAACCAGAUAAUCUGAAUACUUGCCCCUUUCUUGAUGAAUUGUUCCUGAUUAACUCUGGAAAAAGUGCUCAAUAACCAAUCAAGUCUUCCUUACAUACAUACAUAUUCUUUUCUCUCCUAUCAACUAAAGCAGUAUCAUGAAUUACGUUACCAUUCAAGUGAAAUGGAGCAUAGUUUCACUAUUAAAAAAGAAAAGAAAAGUGAAUACGUCUUAGAGAGCUUGUGUUUCUGUAUCAUAUUAUAGUUACCAAUUAUACAAUUAUUCAGAAAAUGUCCAGCCAGCAGUGAUAUGGCGUUAUCACAAAAUGGUGCAAACAUGGCUAUACAUCCAACUGGGGCAAUGCUAGUAUUUGUGUACAUUUGUGUAUAUAGGAGAGUAAAACCAUUUAAUCAAAGUACAAUUGUUUGGUAUUAAUUGCAGGGUUUAGACUGAUCUCAUCACAAGUUUUCUCUUGAUAUAUUUGGGUUGAAGCAGUGUAAUUGUUGUUAUUCCUGUAAUGAUAAAAAAAAAUUCUUAUACUACCUAUCAUUUUAUACACAUGAACAUACACCAUAAUAAAUAGCCCUGUGAGUUUUAUAUUGCCUUGUAUUUCACCAUUUUAUUUCACAGCAGCUUACGUUGUUGAGACAUCACAUGUUUGGAGUCGCAUCAAAAGAGAAGCACUGAAAGGAAAGGAAGGAAAUAUGAGGUGAAUAAUAAAUCAUUUAGAUCUUGUUUGGUCUCUUUGCAUUAUAUUACAUAACAUAACUACUGUAUUCGGUUGAUUUUUUUUCAUUUAAACAAACUAAUAAAGAUAAUGCAACGAUUUAGUUACAUUAGAUGACACUCCACUCCACUUUUUUUGGGCGCGUUUGUGUUUUCUUGACUUUUCCAUCAUGACUCAGUAACGAAAGAAAUGUGAUGCCACACAGACUUACACCUGUUGCUGUUAACUUGAUAUAUCAAAUGUCUCACACUGCCUCUCUGUGUCUCACUGUCUCUGCUCUUAUACACAGUAUCGCUAUAA